AUGCAUCAGCCUCAAGACAGCGAAGGCCUUCAGGUCGAUACACACUCCCAACAGGCGGCCAAGGCCCCGGAGGUCGCAUAUGAUCAAAAUGGCAAUCCAUACUAUCUCCCUCCUGGAUAUCAACCGCCUUCAGGCCAAAAGUCUCAAAACAUUCCCUUCGGUCUCGGUGUGUGGACAUUUGCUGCUCUCGUCGCUCUCCUUACCGCCAUCGUCGUGGGAGCUGGUGUAGGAGGUGGUCUUGGUGCAGCUCUGGCUAAUGCUAAAUCCGACGACAAUUGCUCUGCUGCUACCGCUGCCUCUGCUGCCCCGGUGGAGACAAGUACACCAACAGAAUGCACAGCAGCCCCCGAAACAACCACGACUUCCGCCGAUAAUGAUACCGCCCCCUACGUUCCCAGACCAGCCGACGAGGUCCAACUUCUCGAAUUGGACUGUCCCAAGGACAAGAGCGAAGCAACGUCAUUCAAGUCAAGCAAGGGAUACGACUUCAAGUGGUGGUGCGGUGUAAACGCACCCGCGGGUUCACAGGCAGAGGAGGGCGGUGUCAUCUCCGACGCCUCGCCGCUCAUCGCGUACACUCUCCAGGACUGCCUAAACGCCUGCAGCGCCAUGAUCGACAAGGACGAGAACGAGGGAUCUGGAGUCAAGUGCAGGAGUGUGGUCUUUGGCAAGAGGAUGUCGGAGGAGCUGGGACGAUGGGGUGUCAACUGUUGGCUCAAGAAUGGCACCAAGACGAAGGGAAGUGAAUGGGGAUUCAAGGACGACUGGUAUGCGUACGCAGAGAGGGUGGAUUAA